AUGCCCGUAAUAUCAUCAAGACGCUACAGUUCCUACUUAACAUCACCAUCUUCAUCAUCAUCAUCAACAUCUAGUUCAGGAAUUGGUAGUGGUACUUAUCGUAGUACAAACUACACAUCAUCAUCGUCAUUAUCGUCAACAAAUCUCCCAUCAUCAUCACGUUAUAAUAGUUCAAGUGAUUCGACCUCAUCCUAUCGAACCUAUCGAUCGACACUCGGAACAUCAAGUAGCUCAACAAGUGCUAGUGACAGAACAACAAGUGGAACAUCGUCAUAUCGAUCACGUUAUGAUUAUGAUGAUGCAUACAACAAGUAUGAUAGCAGUUCGUCAUAUGACAAGAAGAGAACUGACUCAUUAUUAUCGACGAGAAUUGGUGUAAGUAAGAAAAACACUAGUAACAAUAGAUAUUCCACAAUCUGCGACACAUUGCCACCUUUGCCACCCAAUGCCCACAAUCAUCACCACCCAUCAUCAUCAUCAUCAACUACUAAUGGUACAUCGUCCAUAAAUAAUUCUAUAUUGAGUAAACGGUCUUUGAGUAGAUCACGUGAUCAAUAUGACAGUAAUAAUAAUAUCACGAAAUCAUCAUCAUCGGACUCUGGCGUUGGUACAUCCGCAAAGAGUAGUGACACAAUGGGUAAAUUGAGCUUAAUGGAUGACUUGGAAUUUUAUGAGAAAUACAGUCCAAGUCGUUAUAUGACAAAAUAUGAAUCGGCACGCUCACGAUCACUCUCGGAUGCGGCACUGACCACGUCUAAUCGUGAAACCUCACCAGCGUCAUCGACAACGUCACUUAAUAAUACACCCACACACACUCCAAAAAGCGAGAUUCGGAGUGUUUCCUUGAGAAAUGCACUACCAACGACAACAAGAACGUGGGAUCGUGACUAUACGUCGGGUGCAUCACUUUAUUCUGGACGUAGUUCAUUAGGUGAUUCAAAAUUGAGCGAUAAUAAAAAAUUGGAUGGUGAGUCAAGAUCGAAUGGAUUGUCAAGUUAUGCAGCUGGUGGUUAUAGGGCACCUAAUGUUUCUCCAUCAAAAUCUCCAGGCCGUGAUAAUCUCUAUGAUCGAAAGACAUCUAGCUUAGCUGAGGGACAAUGUGGAUUAUGGAAUAUAGGAAAUACAUGCUUUAUGAAUUCUGUUCUUCAAUGCUUAAGUCAUACUGUAGACUUGUCGAAAUUUGCUCGUUCCUCAUCAGCAGCAUCAUCAGUUAUUGAUAAAGGCUCAUCGUCAUCGACUAAAGAUCAAAAAAUAUGGUCAGAAUUUUGUAAAUUAAUAACUCAAAUGUGGCAACCGGGUGCAAAAAGUGUCAAUCCAUCAGACUUAAAAAUGGCAUUGAGUAGUAAGUAUCGAAUGUACAGUGGAUCAGCACAACAAGAUUCGCAAGAAUUUCUUAGAUAUUUACUUGAUGCCUUGCACGGUGCUCUUAAUAAAGGUGGACAGAAAGUUUCACUUCACAUUGAGGAAGACAUGAGUGACUUGGAGAAAUCUCAUGAAAUGUGGGAUUGGUAUACGAAACGAGAGAAUUCAAUCAUCAAAGACUUAUUCGUUGGACAAUUAAAGAGCUCAUUGUACUGUACGCAUUGUGAAAAGACAAGUGUUAUGUUUGAUCCGUUUUGGGAUUUAAGUGUGCCAGUUCCCUCAACAUCUUCUAAUUGCAAAUUAGAUAAAUGUCUAGAAAUGUUUACCGUUAAAGAUGUCUUAGAUGGAAAUGAAAUGCCUUACUGUGAUUUCUGUAAAACAACUAGAAAAUGCAUUAAAUGGUUCACAAUUCAGAGUUUCCCAAAAUACUUAGUAAUACAUUUAAAGAGAUUCUCUGAGAUGCGUUGGACGAAAUUAACAAAUAUUGUCGAAUUUCCAACCGGCAUCGGUGAGCUUGACUUAACUCCAUAUGCUGCUGAUUCAAUGGAGAAAUCAGACACACCACCAAUUUAUUCACUUUAUGGAAUCUCCAAUCACAUGGGAUCCACUCAUGGAGGUCAUUACGUCGCUAGCUGCAAACAUCCCGUCACGAAAAAGUGGUUCGAAUACAAUGAUAACUUUGUCAGCGAGACACGAGAGAGUUCAUUAGUGUCAUCGAGUGCCUAUCUACUGUUCUACGAACGAGUGUAA